CUCAGUGAUCUCCUGCUCCAGCUUCUGCUGAAGCUCUUUGACUCCCCUCACUGCAGUUUGCUGCUGGGAUCUGACCUGCUGCUCCACAUCAGAGCGUCUGUUCUGGAUGAGACGGAUCAGCUCAGUGAACAUCUUCUCACUGUCCUUCACUGUUUUGUCAGCAGACUGAUCGAUGGCCUCCACCUCCUGCUGGAGCAGAUCCACAUCUUGCUUGAUCUCCUGCUCCAGCUUCUGCUGAAGCUCUUUGACUCCCCUCACUGCAGUUUGCUGCUGGGAUCUGACCUGCUGCUCCACAUCAGAGCGUCUGUUCUGGAUGAGACGGAUCAGCUCAGCGAACGUCUUCUCACUGUCCUCCACUGUUUUGUCAGCAGACUGAUCGAUGGCCUCCACCUCCUUCUGGAGCAGAUCCACUUCUCUCUUUUUGUCCUGGAUUCUCUGCUGGAUUUGUUGCCGCCUCCCCUCCAGCUCUCUCUGCCUCUCAAUGGGCGUGAACAGCAAGCUGUAACAUGACGCUGCUGACACUCCUUGUUUCCUGGUUCAGGUGAGAUCGUUUCUGUUCAGAGAAACAGGAACUAUUCAGACGUUACUGUGAAGAGGAGAAAUGGCGCAGCAGGGAAAUCAGCUGGACCGACAGAAAUUCUGCUGUUCGAUCUGUUUGGAUCUCCUGAAGGAUCCGGUGACUAUUCCCUGUGGACACAGCUACUGCAUGAAUUGUAUUAAAGCCCACUUUGAUGUGGAGGAUCAGAAGGGAAUUCACAGCUGCCCUCAAUGCAGGAAAAUCUUCACACCGAGGCCUGUCCUGCAGAAAAACACCAUGUUAGCAGACUUAUUAGAAGACCUGAAGAAGACUGGACUCCAAGCUGCUCCUGCUGAUCACUGCUAUGCUGGACCUGAAGAUGUGGCCUGUGAUGUCUGCUCUGGGAGAAAACUGAGAGCCAGAAAGUCCUGUUUGGUCUGUGUGGCCUCUUAUUGUAAGAAACACCUUCAGCCUCAUUAUGAAUCACCUCCAUUUAAGAAGCACAAGCUGGUGGAGCCCUCCAAGAAGCUCCAGGAGAACAUCUGCUCUUUCCACGAUGAGGUGAAGAUGCUGUUCUGCCGCACUGAUCAGAAGUCCAUCUGUUCUCUCUGCUCUGUGGAGGAGCAUAAAGGCCACCACACGGUGUCAGCGGCAGCAGAAAGGACUGAGAGGCAGAGAGAGCUGGAGGGGAGGUGGCAACAAAUCCAGCAGAGACUCCAGGACUUACAGAAAGAUGUGAAGCUGCUCCAGCAGGAGGUGGAGGCCAUCGAUCAGUCUGCUGACAAAACAGUGGAGGACAGUAAGAAGAUGUUCACUGAGCUGAUCCGUCUCAUCCAGAACAGACGCUCUGAUGUGGAGCAGCAGGUCAGAUCCCAGCAGCAAACUGCAGUGAGGGGAGUCAAAGAGCUUCAGCAGAAGCUGCAGCAGGAGAUCACUGAGCUGCAGAGGAAAGACGCUGAGCUGCAGCAGCUCUCACACACAGAGGAUCACAUCCAGUUUCUGGCCAGCUGCCCCUCACUGCCAGCACUCAGGGAGUCCACACACUCCUCCAGCAUCAGGGUGCGUCCUCUGAGAUACUUUAAGGAUGUGACAGCAGCUGUGUCAGAGCUCACAGACAAACUGCAGCACAUCCUGACACAGGACUGGACUAAAGUCUCACUGGCAGCCGCUCAGCCGGAUGUUUUACUGACAUCAGAACCAGAGAGCAGAGCCGACUUCUUAAAAUGUUCAUGUGACAUCACACUGGAUCCAAACACAGCACGCAGUUACCUGUUACUGUCAGAGGGGAACAGGAAGGUGACCCGGACUGAUCAACUUCAGCCUUAUCCUGAUCAUCCAGACAGAUUCACUUACUGGCGUCAGGUCCUGAGCAGAGAGAGUCUGACUGGACGUUGUUACUGGGAGGUGGAGUGGAGAGGGAGAGUUAGUGUAGCAGUCGCAUACAAGAACAUCAGCAGAACAGGUUUUGGGGAUGAAUGUGUAUUUGGAUGUAAUGACAAAUCUUGGUCAUUAGUUUGUGAUAAAAACGGUUUUAAAUUUUUGUUCAAUGACAUAGUAAGCUCCAUCUCAGCUCCUCCUUCCUCCAGAGUAGGAGUGUACCUGGAUCCCAGAGCAGGUAUUCUGUCCUUCUACAGCGUCUCUGAAACCAGGACUCUCCUCCACAGAGUCCAGUCCACCUUCACUCAGCCUCUCUAUGCGGGACUUCGUCUUUAUCCAGGAUCUUCAGCAGAGUUCUGU